UUGGUGUGGGGUGAGGAGCAGAGGGAGAAGCUCUCGCUGUGAUCGGGGGGGAGUUGGUCGGUUGGGGACGGGGACAGUUGACAGUCCUCACAACCGAACUGCCGACCAUGGAGUGCAGACAUCUGACCCCUCUCCCCAGAAACUUUCCUCCAUUGAAAAAUUCCACCUUUCUCAAAGCAGCAUGGGGUGAAGUGACUGACCAUGUCCCUGUCUGGUGUAUGAGGCAGGCUGGGAGAUACCUCCCAGAAUUCCGGGAAACGAGAGCCAGCCAAGAAUUUUUCCAAACUUGUAAAACUCCAGAGGUCUGCUGUGAGUUGACAUUGCAGCCCCUCAGAAGGUUCCAAUUCGAUGCUGCGAUCAUUUUCUCUGACAUUCUGGUAAUACCGCAGGCCUUGGGGAUGGAGGUGAACAUGGUUCCUGAAAAAGGUCCAAGCUUUCCUGAGCCAUUGAAGCUGCCUAAAGAUCUUCUGAAGCUGCGUAAGGACGUUGAUGUGCCUGUAGAUUUGAGAUACGUGUUCCAGGCUAUAACACUGACCCGGCACAAACUGGAAGGAAAAGUUCCUCUAAUUGGGUUCACGGGAGCCCCGUGGACUUUAAUGACAUACAUGAUUGAAGGAGGUGGUUCAAAAACAAUGUCCAAAGCAAAACGGUGGCUCUACCAGUAUCCUGAGGGCAGUCACAAAUUGUUGAAAAUCUUAACUGAUGUCAUCGUCGAUUAUCUGGUGGGGCAGGUGGCAGCAGGAGCUCAGGCAUUGCAGGUGUUUGAAUCUCAUGCAGGUCACCUCGGACGUGAGCAGUUCCGUGAGUUUGCACUUCCGUACAUCAGACAGAUUGCCUUGCAAGUCAAGAAGAAGUUGAAAGAGUUCAGCCUGGAUCAAGUACCAAUGAUUGUGUUUGCAAAGGAUGGCCAUUAUGCCUUGGAAGAUCUUUCUGAGUCUGGGUAUGAGGUGGUUGGGUUGGACUGGACCAUACAGCCUAAAGUGGCACGGGAAAAACUAGGAAAAAAUGUAACUCUUCAAGGUAACAUGGAUCCCUGUGCACUUUACGCACCAAAGGACAAAAUCGGUGAAACUGUGAAGAAGAUGAUUGAAGAAUUUGGCACACAGCGCUACAUUGCCAAUCUGGGACACGGUCUGUACCCUGACAUGGAUCCUGAACAUGUGGGUGCUUUUGUCGAAGCUGUACAUUCACAUUCACAACAAAUGAACAAGAAUGAAUAGAAGCUUCAGUAUUCUGUACUGAGGAAAAGGAUUUGACAAGUCGGAUAAGAAGAGAAAUGUGACGUAAUCAAAAGUGUUGCAAGGAAAGAGUUAAAAUAAUAAUCAUUGCAUUUGGUACAGCGCCUCAUCACAUCCUUGUGACGUCUCAAAGUGCUUCACAGAAUAUAUUGUAAAGUGAAUUGACUAUAUUUUGUGGGUGAAAUAAAAUUAUAACUGCGAAAGUACUGAAGGAUAUUUGGUCACUACA